UUUUCAAAAGAUUUGUGUUACUGUUGCAAAAUUAUUUAUAUCAUUCCAGGGUUCAUACUAAUUACUAAGCAACCCACCAUAUGCCCUAAUGCAAAUAUUUUUUUUUGAGGGGAGAAAUUCUGUAGUGGAUCUUGAAUCUAUUUCCAUAAAUUAUAAGAAGAGGAAAUGGACUGUGGUUUGAAGCAUCAGAUGAUUUCUCAUUCAUCUGUAGAGGAUGAAUACAUCAUGGAUAUGGGAUCUGAAAAUUAUGGCUGCUCGCAUUACCGGAGAAGGUGUAAGAUUAUAGCACCCUGUUGCAAUGAGAUAUUUGAUUGCCGGCACUGCCACAAUGAUGCAAAGAAUUCAAUAGAAGUCGAUCCACUUGAGCGUCAUGAUAUUCCCCGUCACGAAAUAAAAAGGGUCAUCUGUUCAAUGUGUAACACAGAACAAGAUGUUCAACAAACUUGUAUCAAUUGCGGCACUUGUAUGGGGAAGUACUAUUGCUCAAAUUGCAAAUUCUUUGACGACGAUGUUUCAAAGAAUCAAUACCACUGUGAUAAAUGUCGAAUCUGCAGAACUGGUGGCAAGGAAAAUUAUUUCCAUUGUGAUAGAUGUGAAUGUUGCUAUUCAAAUUUAUUAAAGGAGGCACAUAUUUGUGUAGAAAGAGCAAUGCACCACAAUUGCCCAGUUUGCUUUGAGUAUCUUUUCGAUACCACAAGAGGCAUUACUGUAUUGCCAUGCGGCCAUACUAUACAUCUCGAAUGCGUUAAGGAGAUGGAAAGGCAUUUCCAGUAUUCUUGCCCAGUUUGCUCAAAAUCUUACUGUGACAUGACCCGAGUAUGGGAGAAGCUGGAUCAGGAGGUCGCUUCAAUUCCUAUGCCUGAAAUGUAUCAAAACAAGAUGGUAUGGAUCCUUUGUAACGACUGUGGAGAAACAUCAGAAGUGAACUUUCAUGUCGUGGCGCACAAGUGCUUGAAUUGUAACUCCUACAAUACAAGGCAGACAAGAGGAGGCCAUUCUUCAUGUGCAUCGAGAAUAUCAGAAAUGUUGAUGGUAGAAUCCAGUCAUCCUUUUGAAGGACACAUCCAGUUUACUAUGCUUUGUCUGGAAAUUAAUGAGAAUCACUCCUUUCUGACUCAGUUCUUUAUGUUUGAAAUUGUGUUAUAAAAUGAUCGAGUCGGAGAUACUGAAAUAUAACUUAUUAUUUAAGAAUUACAAAUUAAAAGACUUCAUUUGUA